AUGAGCUGGGGUGGAGCCGCCGGACGGAACAUUCCGGAACAUCAAGAACAGGCUCCAGUUAGGAACAUUGUGGAAGUGCAGGUACAUGCCCCCGUGCAGAACAUUCCGGAAUUACGAACCAGAGAAAAACGCCACCAGACCGACAUGGAGUCUAAACCCGCUCCUCUCGCCGUCUGCUUGGCUGUGGUUUCCAUGUUCAUCGUCCAACAUGGACGGGUUAGAGGACAACUCCCCCCACCUGUGUGUCAGACCUGGAACUCAACAACUGUCGUGUGUAAAGGGGAUACGGAUAUACCGGAUUUUCUACCUGCUCCGCCACCACGGACCCGAUUGCGUCUAACCCAGGUACCCCCCGGCAUCCCCGAGUCUGUCAUCACAGUAGAUCUCCGUUGGAACAACAUAACCAUACUGUAUAACGGCUCGUUUGAAACACAUCGUAUCGAAACAGGACAACUGACAGGGUUGGACCAGCUGGAACAUCUAGAUCUCAGUCAUAACGAGAUCAACACCGUCAUGCCAUCCGCCUUUCGUGGACUGUCGCGGCUACAAUUCCUGGAUCUCAGUAACAACGAGAUACAGUAUAUGACAGACAUGACAUUUGAAGGUUUAGGCAACCUUACACAUCUCAACCUAGAGGCCAACAGCAUAGCAGUGAUUGGGGACGCCUUUCAGCGUCUGUACGGGUUGAGGCACCUGAAUCUGAGGAGCAACAGGUUGGCUGUGUUAAAUCAAACAGCAUUGGGUCCUGUUGUCUACCAGUUAGAGAGUGUCGACAUUGCGGACAACCCGUUUCUGUGUGACUGUAAGUUAAUGUGGUUUGUUGAGUGGGCCCUGGAUAAAUUCGACAGGGUAGCGAACUUCCACAACCCCUUUCCUGACGUCCUUCGACGGUACACAUGUUCCCGUCCAGCUCAACUGCGUGAAAGACGUUUGAUAGACGGGUUGACGCAGAAACAAGAAUCUAACGACAAAGAUCCAUCAGAACGAAAGUUCUUCGACACAGUGUGUAGUCAUGGAUUCCGGCCCAACCGCCUCCUGGCUUGUGUGCUCGCCUCUUCGGGCAUCUUCGUCGCCAUGACGACCAUUUUCCUGGUCGACUACCACAUCGGCCGUGUUCAGUACUACCUGUGGAUGGUGGACAAGUGGAGGAGACCGAAGAUUGGCGAAGUAAAGAACCAAGGGCCUCCCAGAUACACGCACGAUGCUUUUAUUGCCUACAACAACCGGGACGUCGGGUGGGUUAUACAUGAAGCGAUAGGGAAUCUGGAACCUGACUACAGUCUGGUCAUACACGAAAGGGACUUUGCAGUCGGCGCUCCUAUUGUGGAAAACAUCGCGGAUGCCGUGGAAAACAGCCGGAGAACCGUCUGCCUCAUCACCAGGAACUUCCUGAAGAGUAAGUGGUGCGAGUACGAGUUCCAGCUGGCCCAGUACCACAUGUUUGAGGAGGGGGGAGGGAGGCGUCUCAUCCUGGUGUUUCUGGAGAGGAUUCCUAACCGAAUGUUGAAGCAGUUCCGGCAUCUGAACGCCGUAGUGAAGAGGGACACGUACCUGGAGUGGCCACACGACGUGCGAAAAAGGCCGCUGUUCUGGAGGCGGCUGCAAGACGCUCUGGGCGAUCCUCUACCCCGGGACCCAGAGCCUCAGCAGCAGGUACAAGUUCCGGAACGGAACAUAGCGGAACAACAGGCACAAGCACCGGAACGAAACAUUCCGGAACAACAAGCUCCGGGACGGAACAUUCCGGAACAUCAAGAACAGGCUCCAGUUAGGAACAUUGUGGAAGUGCAGGUACAUGCCCCCGUGCAGAACAUUCCGGAAUUGCAAGAUGAAAUUCUAUUACCAGAACCAGACGACCAGUGGUUUGGAGAUGGGGAUGACGUGCCCUUUCUACCACUGUAG